AUAAUUUAGGUCCGAGCAGCUGCGUGUGUAGUUCUUUGUGGUCGUGGACGGCGAGCAGACGACAGCAACGUACUAUAUCAACGUCUCUCUAUCCCGACGUGUAAGCUAGUCGAGCGAUCAAUUCGCGAUUCGGAAGGGAGAGAGCACAUGUCGGCUGCUUUGUGUGGAAUAUUCGAAUUAAUUAUUUGAACACAGGUGAAAAACAUGAGUAAAUCACAUAUAUCUACAGAGGACUUUGUCACUGCCGAAUUAGGGCUAUUGACCGAAAAAGAGAAAGCCUUGGAGCAGUCUUCCAAUGACUCGUCAAGUCGCAGCAGCAGUGCGGGAAGUUCGGAUGAGACCUCGCGUGGUAAUUGGUCAGGACGCCUUGACUUCCUUUUGUCUUGUAUUGGGUAUGCCAUAGGUCUAGGAAAUAUCUGGAGGUUUCCCUACCUCUGCUACAAAAAUGGAGGUGGGGCCUUCCUCAUCCCCUACACCAUAUUUCUGGUGCUGUGUGGGAUUCCGCUGUUUUUUAUGGAGGUGAUAUUCGGACAGUUUGUCAGCCUUAGUCCCAUCACUAUCUGGAGGAUCUGCCCACUCUUUAAAGGUGUUGGGUAUGGUAUGGUGAUAAUUUCUGGCAUUGUGUGUGUGUACUACAACAUCAUCAUUUCCUGGACCAUUUACUACCUGUACCACUCCUUACGUGCCGUCUUGCCCUGGAGCAUGUGUAACAACCCGUGGAAUACAGAUCUGUGUUAUGUACGAACCGGCCUCAACGCCACAUCUCCAGUCAACAUCACAACAACGACACUGGCAGGCAAUGUGGCUGUUGCUGUCCAGAACGUUACAAAGAUGAUGACAGCCAGCGAGGAAUUUUGGGAGAGACACGUGCUGCGGAGGACAAGUGGGAUACAUGAUAUGGGAGAACUACGAUGGGACCUUUUCAUCUGUCUCUUCAUCGCCUGGGUGGUCAUCUUCCUCUGUUUGUGUAAGGGGGUCAAGUCAUCUGGAAAGGUUGUGUAUUUUACGGCCACGUUCCCUUACCUAGUGCUGCUGAUUCUACUUGUCCGAGGCCUGACACUUCCAGGGGCUGGAAGUGGCAUCAAGUUCUACCUCAUCCCAGACUUCAACAAACUUAAAGACUUUCAGGUUUGGGGAGAUGCAGCCGUACAGAUUUUCUACUCCAUAGGACCAGCUUGGGGUGGUCUUAUCACCAUGGCGAGCUAUAACAAGUUCCAUAACAACUGUUACAGGGAUGCAAUGAUUGUGCCGUUUAUCAACUGUGGGACGAGUAUAUUUGCUGGACUGGUCAUAUUCUCCGUGCUGGGAUUUAUGGCACACGAAACAGGGGUGGACAUUGCUAACGUUGUCACACAUGGCCCCGGACUGGCGUUUGUGGCAUACCCGGAGGCAAUGACAACACUGCCGAUCUCCCCUCUGUGGGCCGUCCUGUUCUUCCUCAUGUUGUUCACCGUUGGACUCGAUACCCAGUUUGGGAUGGUUGAAACCAUUACAAGUGCUUUUGUGGACGAGUUUCCGGAUCUUCUAGCCAACAGGAAGGUGCUGUUUACAGCCAUCAUGUGUUUUAUUGAAUUCCUUUUGGGUGUCCCGUGUGUGAUGCAGGGAGGUGUGUACAUCCUUCAGAUCAUGGACUGGUACUGCGCCACAUUUUCCCUCAUGCUCCUCUGUCUCGCUGAAUGUAUUGCCAUUGCUUGGAUUUAUGGAGUGGACCGAUUCUACAAGGAUCUGGAGCUGAUGAUCGGUUACCAGCCCAGCGUUUGGUGGAAAAUCUGCUGGUGUUUUAUCUCGCCUACAAUGAUCACGUUUAUAUGGUUAUUCAGCGUGUUGAACUUCAGUGCUGUGACGUACGGUGACUAUGAGUACCCUGACUGGGGUAUAGCCCUCGGCUGGAUGUUCGGCCUUGCUUCCCUAGUACCCAUUCCCCUGUGUGCUAUCAUCUCCAUAUUGAAGGAACAGGGGCCUAUCACCUCGAGAAUACAUAAGCUUUGUCAGCCCACUGAAGACUUCGGACCUGCUGUACCGGAAUAUCGGGAGAAAUAUUUAGCCUCACUAGAUACCAGGCAUUCCUACUUACCAACGCUCCGCAACAGACGUCCACCGUCCAAACUCUCUAUGACAGAACUUCAGACAUCACCGGAGUCACAGAUCUUCAUCACAUCAUCUUGAUAAUAACAUGUUUUGUCUCGCAAACACACGUCGUCAUCGUUGUAUAAGAUGUUUGGUUACAUUCUCCAUUUAGUUAUUAUAUAACUACAUUGUCAGCUAAUGCCUGGACCAUUUCCUGACCUAAAAUUUAUUAUUAAGAAUGCUUUAGAAUGAAUGCAAGUCUCCUAGGUUUAUUUAACUCAUUCGUGCACGCCUGAAGACACAUUUGAACCCUUCCAAUUCAAAGGUUGGAAUAGUUCAUUGUGAAACUUCAGAGGAGAAUGAGUUAAAGAUGUUGUCAUCAUAGUGAAAUGUUAACAUGGACAUAUAUCAAUGCGUUUUUUUAUUAUUAGUACCUAUGGUAAACUUAACCUGUUUCAUGUAAUUAUUGAUAACAAAUACUAAAAUUACUUAACUGAAAAAUAAUGAACUGCAAUUAAUCCAAUUGCAAAUCUCCCCUAUAUUUGUAAUCGGAAAAUAAUUAUUAAAAAUGAAAUAGCAAAAGAGUUCAGUUUGAAGCAGGAAAUGUUUGUUUCCCUCUCUUGUCAUGUAACAUAGGAUCAAACACGUUAACAUUUAUUAUGAUAGUUAUAGGAAAUAGUCUGUUAUUGGAGGAUAUAAUCAUCUGUGAUAUCGACAAAAACAUUAAAACGCAAUGAUUGGUAUAUAAAAUUACACUUGUAAAGAUUUGAUCUUAAUAACAGAACCAAGGGUCGUAGAUGUAAAAAUGAUGUACCAAUCGACAGAACCAAGGGUCGUAGAUGUAAAGAUUAUGUACCAAACGACAGAACAAAGGGUCGUUAAUGUUAAAAUAAUGUACCAAACGACAGAACCAAGGGUCGUAGAUGUUAAAAUUAUGUACCAAACGACAGAAACAAGGGUCGUAGAUGUAAAAAUUAUGUACCAAACGACAGAACCAAGGGUCGUAGAUGUUAAAAUUAUGUACCAAACGACAGAACAAAGGGUCGUAGAUGUAAAAACUAUGUACCAAACGACAGAACCAAGGGUCGUAGAUGUAAAAACUAUGUACCAAACGACAGAACCAAGGGUCGUAGAUGUAAAAAUUAUGUACCAAUCGACAGAACAAAGGGUCGUAGAUGUAAAAAUUAUUAAAACAACAGAACUAAGGGUUUAUUCACCAAUGCAAAGUCCUGACAAUUGUUAUUUCUACAGAGAGUCUAGAAUCAUUAUUUUUGUAUAUGGUUGUGAUCAUGGUUCAUUGUUAGUUUAUUUAUACAGCAUUUUGAUAUUUUGUCAUGAAACAAUUACUUUCCAUAUUGUUUACAUCUAUAUACCCACUGUGUGUAACCAUUGAUACUUGUCAAGUUGUUUUAUUUAAAAUAGUUUGUAGAUCUUAAGUGAUAAACAUCCACCAUACUUAGUCUUGUAUCAUUCGAAGUGAAGCAUGUUUUGUUUUUGUUUCGGAAAGUCAUCUAUCAUUUACCUUUACAGCAAGAUGGGUGCUAAUUAUGUAAUUAUAACAUUUCAGACCUUAACUUACAUAGAAUUGCAGGUCAAUGACUCGUUAGAUUUAACAACAGUUUAAUUCAUAUACCCCUGGAAUUUCAUAAUGAACUAUUAUUUCAAUCUUUGAAAUGGAGGAGUUCAAAGGGGUCUUCAGGGGGUGAAUGGGUUAAUGAUAAAUGCUAAUUUUGAACAACCGGGCCCUGUUGUCCUUCAGGAUCAUGUAUCGCAUGACAUUGUUAAUAGCCUAUCACAUGACAUCGCUAAGAACAUGUCACAUGAUCACGUUUCACAUGACAUUGGUAAGAACGUAAAAGAUGUCCUGCAGAACGACAACAGAAAGUAAAUUAAAUUGUCCUUUUUCAAAAUUCAUUCACAUUGAAUAUAAGUGAAUCGCAAUUCCACAUGUCAAACAUCACAACUUUGUUUGAGGGUCGUUCAUAUACAUAAAAUAAAUGUACAUUACGAAAUUAGUUUUAAAUUACUGUAAAAUUAUUAUAAAUUCAAAUUUUGAAUAUCCUUUGGUAGAGGUAGGCCAAGCUUCAGGAAAAUGAAUUGGUGGGAUUAUAUUAUACAUUUAAGCUGGUCCUAGUUCACCACUACUUCUGAUAUCAAUAUGUCAUAGAUGUAAGUAGUGUGUACUUUGUUCGCUUAAUUUGUUUUCCUGGAUUUUUAUUAUUAUACGAAACAUUUUGUGAUAACUUUGAAUGAUUUGUGUAUGAUCAUUGUAUCUGUAUGAUAUUGGAUGUUACGUACUCGAACAAACUUAAACUAGUGUUGAUAUUAUAUAUUAUUUGGAUUAAAUGACAAAAAUACUUGGGGACCACACAGGCUCCUUGUUAACAAUUCUUUCCUUUCCCUCCCAGGUGUUCGCCGAUAACAUCUAGACCGUAUAUUACCGGGUCGUAGUGAUUAGUUUAUGAUGCCGUUAAAUUUUAGAAGACCAUUUACUUGAUCGAUACACUCUCUUCGUAUUUUUGUUCAAUUAUUUCUGAUAACCCUAGUCCUACAUUUCAGAAUGUUUCACAGUAUUUACAUAUGUUUUAUACAUAUAUAUAUAUCUCAUAUUGAGAUUGACAUUUUAUUAUUGAACAGUUUUUAAUUAAGUGCUUGCCGUUUUAUAAUAGUUAAGUUUGUCAGGCAAUUCAUGUUAAAGAGGGAAGAGGAGCAACGAGGGAAUGUUUUGGAGGGGGAGGAUAUUUAAAGUAACAAGAUUCUUGGGAAUUAUCAUGUUAUCGUGAAAUUCUGCUAUCAUUUUAUCUUUUGAAUGCUUGCGAAGUGAAAUAUAAAUAACUAGGCCUGAUAUCAAGGUAAAUGCCUGAUAUCAAGGUGAUAUCAAGGUAAAUGCCUGAUAUUAAGGUAAAUCUAAUUUAAAUGCAGCCUCAUUGCUACACACUGUAUACCAGUACUUAAAUGAAGAUCUACCUACAGUGACAGUGCCCAGCAAAACUAGUCCACGAAACAUUAAUUUGACAAUGCAUUUUAGGCACUGCAUGCUACUUCCAGAGAAGACGCCGGUUUAUGUUUGGAGUUGAAAUUUGGUAACAACAUUUUGUCGUUAAAAUACAAAGGUUACAUUUAAGAAUAAUCAGAUAUUAAUCCAUCAUUACUCAAUUUACCAGACCUGCUGAAUUAUGAACUUUUGUGAACGUUCUAAACAAUCGUAUUUAGAUUAAUUUAAAUUGUUAAAGGAUUUUAACUGUACAUAUGGUCAGAGAUAGUGAGGAGUAGUCAUUGUAGAAAGGGAGUGUGUGAAGUACAUGUAGUUAGUAUCCGAAUAUUGUUGGCACGUUGCUUCACAGUUGUGUUAUCUGUGUUUAAAUGACUGUAUUUUGUGAUCUUUUUGAGGUAUCUGAUAUAGGAUACAUCAGCUGCACAUUUCAGAUGGCUGACCUAUAAAUAGAUUAAAAUGGAUUUUCUUUUUGUAAAAGAUUAAUAAUUUUACGUAAUAAAAUUUCACUAAAACGUU